AUGGAAGAUUUACAUCAAACACUAAAUAAACAUCCAAUCAAUCAAGAGAUCUUAGAUUGCCAACUACAAGAGUUUCUCUCUUCGAACAAGAAGUUCGAAACACACGUCGAAGAAAUCAGACUCUUGAAAUAUCGACGGCUGAUUCCACCGAAAUAUUUGGUUGAUCCACCACAGGAUGUCGCCAGCCAAUACUUGCAAUUCCUCAGGAAAAUAGAUCCAAUGUAUUUUGUUAGUGGUCUUUACCGAACGAUCAAAGAAAUUAUCUUGGAUGUCAAAAUGAAAUUCGAUAUACUCGAUCCCUCGAAAACGAAAGAAGCGCUCUCUGUCGUGUCGGAUCUUGGAUUUAGACAUAGCGUUAUCUUUAACCUGCCAUCGCUUGUCACUCUAAACAAGUUGAAACCAUCCGAUCUCCAAGCGAUGCUCGACUACUACAACCAACAGCAUAGCAAUGAUAUCACCGGUGUGAUAGCUGGCAUCGGUCUCAACAAGGUGGCGAUUGAACUUAGCUAUGCUUUCAAUGCUGUCUCUGGAAAUGAGCAAUCAACGUUCAUUCAGCAGCUACGAGCAUCGAUCUCUAAUAAAUUCCCAUAUUUACCGGCAAACUCUAUCAAUAUUCUCGGCGGAAUAUGUAUGGUUGCCGGAUUGGCGGCGACUGUCUAUAGUGUGGCGAGUGCAGAGCGACUUAGCUCGCUUGAAAUAGUAUCGUUUAUUUCGUCAUCAAUACAACUGGCAUUGUCAUUCGCCAACACAAUAAUGAUAACAAUUCGGCCAGCUCUCGAAUAUUGUGGAGAGACCGUCGUUUACUUGACGGAUUUUCUUCGGCCUGCAAUGUCAACCUUGAAGAAUACGUCGUUUGCAUUCCUCGCCAAUACAAGAGUAUUGUUUGGUGCUGUGAUGUUGCCACUUACUUUUAUAUCGCUGCUACCGCUAUGCUACGAAGCUUAUGUAGAUUUCAAAUCGUGUGACUAUCGUCGUGGUGCUUUCAACACUGCGUAUUGUGGGUUCAUCGCUGGCAGUGCUGUCGUCGGCUUGGCGCUACCAUGGACAUUGUUCAUUUCGCUACCGAUUGUUGUUGGAAUGUCGAUCGUCAAAUACAAAUGGUUCAAAGAUCCACUCGAUAAAGUUUAUCAUUCACUCUCGAAAGUUCAGAGACGCAAUGAUGUUGCACUCUACCGACUCGAACAUCUCAGAGAUUCGUCAACUCAUUCUUUGGCCGUUGCGAUUGUACCAUCACCAACAUCAAUAUUAGAACUAUCUAAAAAUAGUAAAUCAAAAAACAACAAAAACAACAACGACAAUCUACAACUUAAUGUAACGUUUGGAAAUAUCGAUAUCAAUCAAUUCGAAAUACAAUCAACCAAUGGAUAUAGCUAUUUCAUAAAGUAUAACGAUAUGUAUUUGGCAUCCGGGGAGAAACAAAAGAAAUUCCUCUUCUUUGAGAAACAUAGAGAUCUAACACUACAAAAAGAACCAUUCAAGUGGUAUGUCGUAAGAAAUCUUGUUCUACCAAGCAAGAAGAAAUCAGAGAAGAAAAAGAAAAAGAAGAAAAAUGACAAAGACAACAACAUUGAAGAUGAUAAACAGAUGCUAUUAAAAAUACUAGAAGUAGAGGUUCAAGCUCAAGUUGAAGUUGAACAUGAAUAUACACUAAUGUCUGAAAACUGUAGAUUCUUGGCAAUCGAUAGUGCCAAGUCAAAGUUUAUACUUGAAAAGAACCCAAAACUUUCUUUUAAAAUAAACAAUCUUAUAUAUUUAGCAUUACAACUUCCUUUUAUCUCUGCAAAAGAAAAUACAAACAUCUUCAAUAUCACUAGAAUCCACCCCAAUAUCAAUCUUCAGCAACACCAAAAAACAGAGCUAUUACAAGAGUCUGUCUACUGGAUGAUUGGUGUUGCAUACCAUACUGCAGUGUUGACAAGUUAUACAGUAGCAUAA